AUGAAAUACUUAAAAGAUAAAUAAAAGGAACGGCAUUAUAUUUUAGAGAAGGUAUAGUUAUCAAUAAAAGCUUCAGAAGAUAAGGAAGUAAAUUUAAAGGAAUUUAUGUAUCUUAAAAUUCAAAUGAAACUUUAAUAGAGUAACAAUACAGUUCAAGAGUGUGAAAUAAUCCAGAAUUAGAAUAUAAAUGAAUAAGCAUAGAGAGAAAUUAUUAAAAAAGAAUGA